GAAUUGCUGCGAGGAAUAAGUAGAUAUCAUUUCUUCCUCUCUCAUUCUGUAAAAACAUUAUAGGGAUUUAAGAGCUAUUACAGCUUGUUUUAAAUGUUCUAAACCACUUCAUUUGGUGGUGGAAUGUGACGUUAAUUUAGUUUAAUGUUGAUUGUAACUACUAUUCUAUCUUAGUUUCCACACAAAACAAAAAUGCAUGUAUUUAAAGAUAAAUGCAUUUGCAUCCCAAAAUGAAUUCAUCUGUCGUGCUUCUGCAGACUGAUUGUGCCCCAGCUGAAGAAUUUGGAAGGUCUAAUGUCAACUGAAGUUGUCUCUGAUAAGGGUUCGAACUUGGAAGCUUACGCCAACGAAACCAUGGACCCUUCUUUGUGUUGGAGGCCUUAUUGAUUAUAACCCUGGCUAAGCAGCAUUCAUACAUAACAUAAACCAUUACAAAAAUUCCAAUAUUUAACCAGUGCUUCGUUACACCGGCAGGAUAUAGCAUGGCUGAAAUCCACUACAAACUUGCCUAUUCUGAUCAAGGGAAUACUCACUCGAGAGGAUGUCAUUUCUCAGCCAACAUAAUGGUAUCUGGAAUAUGUAAGCUAGAUCCUUUACACACUGGAGGUUAUUUUGCAGCCAUUAAGGCCAUGGAAGUAGGUGCUGCUGGGAUUAUCGUCUCCAAUCAUGGAGCUCGUCAGCUUGAUUAUACUCCAGCCACAAUCUCAGUUCUGGAAGAGGUGGUUCAAGCUGUAGGAAGGAGAGUUCCUGUUCUCCUUGAUGGAGGAGUACGGCGAGGAACAGAUGUUUUCAAGGCGCUGGCCCUUGGUGCACAAGCAGUUCUUGUUGGGAGGCCAGUUAUUUAUGGGCUAGCAGCAAAGGGAGAAGCAGGGGUGAGAAAGGUGAUGCAAAUGCUGAAGGACGAGCUUGAGCUCACCAUGGCCCUCGCAGGCUGCCCUGGUGUGGAAGACAUUAGCAGGAGCCAUGUAAGGACUGACCGCGACAGGCUCCAAUCAAUGCUCUAAAAUUGUCUUAAAAUAACAAGCAAUUAUGUAUGGGUGAUUCCCAUCUUUCUCAGGAACUGGAUGGAUUUUUGUAAUCCUUAUUUCUAACUAAGAUAUUUAUCAAAUAACAUGAAUUAGUACUCUUAAUUACUAAA